GUCAAACACUCCAACGCGGCGCGCAGAAGGUAGCACAUACGCGCGUGCACGCACGCACACACAAGCGAGGACUAUCGCGGAGUAUAGCGGGCAGGAGAGGAAGGACGGCGUGCACCUGUCCGGCUCACACACGCACACACACUCACACACACACGCACGCACGGACAGAGAGGCCCUGACCAGACGUCCUUAUGUGUGGAUGGGACCAAAGCUACACGGCGACCUCUCAAAGCUCGGCCAUGUUGACCAGUGAGGGGGCGCACACCAUGGAGCAGGACGACGCCCACCACGUCGCCAAGAUGGCAUCCACCAACUCAGACGAUGUCCAGCCGGACUCCGACAUGGCCGCGGUGGAGGGAGCGGCGGACGAGGCCGACAUGACUCGCUGGACCGAGGCCGAGUUCGAGGAGAAAUGCACGUACAUCGUCAAGGAUACCACCUGGGAGGCGGGGCCGGAGGGGGACGCUCAUGCCCCUAAAACUGCUAGCAUCAGGGCACAGGCCUCGCUGCCCCGGAACCUAAUGUUCAAGCACACGGCAGAUGGAAAAGAGGUUGUAGGCGUGUGCAGCCGGGAGUACAUUCCCAAAGGGACCCGCUUCGGACCCCUGGUAGGCCAAAUCUACAUGGCCGACAGCGUGCCCAAGGACGCCAACCGCAAGUACUUCUGGCGGAUAUACGCCGACGGCAACUUCCACCAUUUUGUGGACGGUCUGGACGAGUCUCGCUCCAAUUGGAUGCGCUACGUGAACCCGGCCCACUCGGCAGCCGAGCAAAAUGUGGCGGCGUGUCAGAACGGCUUGGACGUUUACUUCUACACCGUCAGGCCCGUGCCGGCCGGCGCAGAGCUCCUGGUGUGGUACUGCCACGACUACGCACGGAGACUACACUACCCGCCAUCCGGGGAACUCAUGAUGCAGAAGCUUAAUCGCUCGCUGCUGGAGGUGAAGCAGCAUCAAGCGUCGGAACCCUCGCCUCCCCCCACCGUCACCCCCCGGCCCGCCAAACGAGAACACAGCGUCCUAUCCAUCCUGCGGGACGUUCCGAAGAGUGAGCCCAGUCGCCCACUACCCACCCGCCCGCGCUGCGCUUACAGCCCCGAACGUCCCUUGUACCCGCGCGCCCUCUACCCGCCCCUCAGGGGGCACCCAGAGGACUUCCUCAAGGCGGGCGCUCUGGGGUACCCCCAUUCCCCCGGUGACCAGUCGUCAGCCACGCCCAGCCCAUCUGCGAGGAGCAGCCCGGAGAGCAGCCCCCAGGGGAGCCCGUCGGCACCCUUCUACCCGGGUGGACUAGGGCCAUACCCCAGUUACUCGCCACCGUCCGCUGCCCCGCUGUCAUCUUUCUACCCACCGGGGGCGCACUACUCUCGCUACCUCCUGCCGCACCACUACCCGCUUCCUGGGGGAGGCCUCCCCACCGUGGGCGGCAUCUACCCGAGGAUGUACCCGCUUUACUUGCCGCCCCAUGUUCCCCUCCUGCCCUCGGAUGCAGCCGGGCGGCGCUUCCUGUUGUCGGAAGCCACCCACCCGUCCCGGGACUUCCUCCUACCAGUGCCCACCACCGCCUUCUCAGCCGCCAACUCCCUCAAGGACAAGGCGGCUCCGCACCACCCUUAUGCUGGGCACCACUCUCCGUCUACCGGAUCCCCCGCCGCGGGGAUCCCUGGCGAGCGAGCGCCGACCAAACUGUGCGACUCGGAUGAGGAAGCGGUGAACCUGGUGAAGGUGAAGAGGGGUGUCGGCUCAGCCGGGUACAAGGCGCUGCCCUACCCACUCAAGAAGCACAACGGGAAGAUCAAGUACGAGUGCAACGUUUGCACCAAGACCUUUGGACAGCUUUCCAAUCUCAAGGUCCAUCUCCGCGUCCACAGCGGCGAGCGACCGUUCAAGUGUCAGACAUGUAACAAGGGCUUCACGCAGCUGGCCCACCUGCAGAAACACUAUCUGGUCCACACGGGAGAGAAGCCGCACGAGUGCCAGGUGUGCCACAAACGCUUUAGCAGUACCAGCAACCUGAAGACCCACCUGCGCCUCCACUCGGGCGAAAAGCCGUACCACUGCAAGCUGUGCCCGGCCAAGUUCACGCAAUUUGUGCACCUCAAGCUCCACAAGCGCCUGCACUCCCGCGAGCGCCCCCACAAGUGCCCGCAAUGCCACCGCCACUACAUCCACCUGUGCAGCCUACGCCUCCACCUCAAGGGCUACUGCCAGACCGCCGCCCCCCACCCCACCGUGGACGAGGUCCAACGCGCCAACGAGGAGAUCGAACGCUUCGAUAUGAGCGAGCACGCCGAGCAACUGGAGAGGCUCCGAGGCGGAGCCGAGUUGGACGCCGUCCUUGAGAAGCAGGUUCUGGGGGCCGCGUGGCGCCAGACGUCGGUCAUCAAGGUGCGACGCGGACUCGCCGUCAAGCAGGAGGCGGACCCGUGAGGGAGCGGGAGAGGUGGACCACUUCAGGGACUCGCUACUCAGGGCUC